AUGGUCAUGAACACUCAGCCUUAUUUCCAGCCACCGCAACAAGACAAUCGGGGUCAAGCUCCACCUCCCAGAAAUCAGCCUCCUUACCGAAACCACUAUAAUUCACAACUACCUCAAAAUAACUUCCGUCCUCAAGAACCACCCAGGAGACGGACUUUCACACCCAUUGGUGAACCGUAUUCUACCCUAUUCCCAAAACUAGUCCAGAUGGGUUUCCUGCAACCAGUCCCUCAGACAAGGCACAACCCGGCAUCACCUGCUUACAAAGCCGGUGUCAGGUGUGCUUAUCAUUCGGGGGCAGAGGGGCAUGAUACCAAUGGUUGUUGGACUUUCAGAAGGGUGGUUGAGAACUUAAUAGAACAGGGAAAGAUAGUACUGAGGGACGAAGAGGUCCCAAAUGUGACCAACAAUCUAUUACCCGUUCACAAUAAUGGGUCGUUGAUCGGGAUGAUCUGUGAAGACAAGGAAUUUGACCCUACCUUGAAAGCUAUAAUCGCCAUUGUCGAUACAGGGAUAAAGCCUAAAGCAGCCCCGAAGCAAGAGAAAGGGGAAAAGAAGACUAGUACCGUCAAGGUUGAGCUCGAAGAGAAAGCUGGGACAAAGACAGAGACAAUGGUGCCCGCGAAGAAUGAAGUUCUCUAUAUUCCACGAGGUCGAUCAGAGAAGCCACAGAGAUUCGAAGUCAAAAGGGCAAUACCAAUGUACGUGUCGAAAGGGGCUUAUGUGGUCCAGGGAACGAUUAAACCGCCUCGGCUGAAUGAGCCAGUGGUUAUCGGACGCGUACCACAGAAGCCAAUGAUAAACCCGUCCACAGUACCGUUGAACUAUCAAAGAACAUUGGUUAUGUACCAAGGCAAAGAAGUCACGGGGGAACUCCCAGAGAAUACUUCCGUUGGAAAACAUUCAGACACUCAAGAGGUAAACAAUGCCACACAGAAGCGCUUCCCACCCAAGAAGCCUGUAAGCGCUGAAGAAGCAGAGGCUUUCUUCCAAAAGAUGAAAAUGCCUGACUACGAAGUGGUGGAUCAGUUACGCAAGUGCCCUGAGCAAGUGUCUAUGCUAUCUUUGCUAAUAAGGUCUGCCGAACAUCAGAAGAUCUUGCUCAAAACCCUGAACGAAGCGUAUAUAUCGGUCGAGACUUCAGUUGAACAACUGGAAAGAAUGACGGAGAGGUUCUUCACGGUUAAUCAAGUUUCUUUUAGUAAGAACGAUUUACCUCCGGAGGGAGCGGCUCACAACAAGGCUUUACACCUGACAGUCAAGUGUGAAGACUACUACGUCAAGCGGGUAAUGUUGGAUGGAGGUUCGGAUGUUGACAUUUGUCCUCUCUCCAUGCUGCAGAGAAUGGAAAUUGGGGCCGGAAGGAUUCUNUGGCAGAGCAGUAUGAAGAAGGAAAACCUUGCCCCCAACCUUUCUUGUCCAACGCCUCAAUCAUAG